UUUGUCGCUACGAGUUUGUGGAUUAUUUUAUUGAUGAGUGGGAAUGAGAAGAGACGUUGCAAGAAGAGAUAGCAUAGAAUGAGGAUUGUAUGAGAGGAGGGCUCUCUCGAUCAGCCUCGCCAUCGCAAUCAUGUCAUACCCUUAAAUUCAACCUGCCUGCCGCUCCUUGGCGUCGCACCGCAAUGGGCUGCCUUAUCAACCCCCAGGUCCCAAUUACAGUGUUUCACGAGAAGAUCUCUGGGACUCGAUUCGCUGGGGGGCGGUGAUCGCCUUGUUCGGAGGAUUUUUGAGUGAUGCAAGGAUCGACGUGGUACAGCGUGCAGCGGGCUGGCAGAGGGACUUGGCUUUAGGCUUGCUGUGAGGCUUAGAUGUGCAAUUUUGGCAUCAUGGGGGGAUAUAAAGUGCGGAGUGUAGUACGGAGUCUGUGGUUUGGAUUGUUGGUGAAGACAGACAUUGACGCAAAACGAACUGCAUCAUAUUUAGAACGACAACACUGUUACAAGAUACGCAUACAUACGUGUACGCAUCAACAUCACGAUCUCCAUAUACAAAUCACCGCCACCACCACCCCCGAAGACGUUCAGUUAAAGAACACAACCAUCCACCAUGCUGGGCAGUUCCCGUGGCGCACUCUCCCACCCGCAAUGGCAAGGCCCGCAAAAAGGCACAAUCUACAUCAUCUUCGCCUCCAACAUAAUCUUCAUCCCCUACUUCAUCCUCUCCGUCGUCGAGAUCAACCUCUUCAAGAAAUGGGUCCCCGAGCACUGGAACGUCGACAACGAUGUUCUAGGAUUCUACCUCCGCUCCGGCAUGCAAAUCAUGGCGCAGUCCCUCUUCAUCCUCGUCACGACCCCCGUCAUCCUUCUCAAACCCUUCCACCCGCUCCUCGCCAACCUCUCCACCUUCGUCUUGUUCGGCCUGUGGACCUUCUCGGCUGUGUAUACGGCCAUCGCGACGUACUCUAACGAGUACAGCUUCGAUAUGCGGGAUCGCUGGGACGCUCUGGGGUUCGCGGAGACGGGGCUCGCAAGCGUGUUGGCGGUGAGCUUUGGCGUCGCGUGGGUGCUGAGCUUUUGGGGGGUGAAGAGGAGGAGGGCAUUGGAGAGGGAGGGGGGUACCGCGCAGGGUGUGAAUUGGGGGCGGGAGAGGGGGGCGAAGAAGGGGGGUGAUGCGCUUGAGUUGGUUUGA